AUGCUCAGAGUAAAUGAAAAUUCAAUAAAGAAAGAAAGUAUUCAAACCGAGAAGGAGUUAAAUCAUGAUUUGGCAGAUUCUAAGGUUAGUACUUCUGACUUUUCUAGUAUUCCAUCUUUCAAGAAAGAACAUCAACUUAGCAAGAAAUUGAGAUGGAAGAUAUAUUUUCAAAUUAUGCCGUUGUUCAUACUUGUAUAUUUUUUUCAGUUCCUCGACAAAACAUUGUUAAAUUAUGCGGCUGUUAUGGGUAUCACGAAGUAUUUAAAAGGAAAUGAGUACAGUAACUUGAGCACAAUCUUUUAUGUAAGUUACUUAGCUAUGGAACCAUUUGCUGGUAUUUGCAUUCAAAAAUUACCGGUUGCAAAGUUUCUUGGAGUCAAUGUUAUUAUAUGGGGUAUCGUGGUCAGCUGCCAUGCUGCCACAAAGACCUAUGCAGGGUUGAUGAUUGUAAGAACACUUCUUGGUCUUUGCGAAGCUAGUGCGGGAGCUUGCCUUAUCGUGAUAACUGGAAUGUGGUGGACUAAAAAGGAGCAAAGCCAGCUCACUGGUUUAUGGUUUAUGCAGAUUGGUACUGCACAAAUUAUUGGAGCUCUUAUUUCUUUUGGCUUUCAGCAUGUCCAUACAACCACAAUUGAAAGCUGGCAGAUUUUGUUCAUUGUUAUUGGUAUUAUAACUGCUCUAUUGGGUGUUGCAGUUUUGAUUUUCCUUCCAGACAAUCCUCUGACAUGCAAGUUUCUUACCGAAGGUGAGAAACAAGAGGUCAUUGACCAUAUUAGAAUUAAUCAAACUGGGGUCGAAAAUAGAAAGUAUAAGUUCUACCAGGUGAAAGAGAUUUUGUUUAAAGAUAAACAGACCUGGCUAUUAUUUUUUAUUGUGUUGCUUUCCCUUAUCAAUGGAGGUGCAAUUACUACAUUUUCUAGUAUUAUCUUGGAAUCGUUCGGAUUUGAUCACUAUCAAAGCACCUUUAUGCAAUUUCCUUCCGGUGUUAUCACCAUAAUCUCGGCUUUGCUUUGCUGCUACCUUCCAAGUUAUAUUGGGGAGAGGUGUCUUAUUGUUUCCUUUAUUAGCUUACUAUCAUUGAUAGGUAUUGUGUUACAAAUUAGUCUCGAUGCUUCUCAAAAAGCCGGUCGCUUAAUCGGUGUUUAUUUGAUGAAUUUCAAUGGAGCCCUUGUUGCAUUAGUUUAUACGUGGGGUGCGAUCAAUACCUCAGGUCAUACAAAGCGUAUCACAAGAAAUACAAUGACAUUAAUGGCCUUCUGUAUAGGUUGCUUGCUUGGUCCACAACAGUUUAGGAGUAAAAACGCUCCGAAUUAUACACCAGGAAAGAUUGCAUUGAUUGCAGAACUUGCAGUUGUCAUAGUUCUUGCAUUGAUAUUAAGAAUUGUCAUUAUUAAAGAGAAUAAAUCAAGAGAUGAGAAGUACAGAGAUCUGCCAGCUGAAAUUCGUAAUAGGGAUGCAACUUUUCUGGAUAUUACAGAUAUUGAAAAUGUUAAUUUCAGAUAUAGUUAUUGA